AAAAAUAGGUAAAUAAAAAGAGCGGGAAAAAUAGGAUUGUCCCGCCGGGUUUGUUUGUUGUGAGUUUUGAGUUUUCGUGUUUAUAUGCCGGCUCGCCCGGUGUCUUUGUCGCCCUUUUUCAUAAACGUAUAUUAUAAGAAAAAAGUGAAAAAAAAUCUCAGAUAAAAAUACAGGUGGUAUCAUGAACCAACCCAGUACAUCAGCGAAUCUCAAACCAGAUCCACAGCACGGAGGCUUCGCCAGAUUCCAAGAUGUCAAUGUAACAGAACUUUUUCGCAAAGACACGCAAGCAGUCAGGGAAAAAUUACAAAAUCCUGCUAUCAGAGCCAUGUGCCGUCUACAAUCAGCUGCAGGUAUCACAAGCCUACACAAACCUGACGGAACCCUCGUGAUGUUCAAAGACUGGGAUGCCAUCAAUGGUUACAAAAAGAAGUUUUGGAUCAAAUUCUUGUGCCAAAAUAACCAAUUGAAAAUUGACAAAUAUUACAUGCCCCCCGGCUUCGACAGAAAGGAACUCGAAACUGAAUAUACCAUUGGCUCUUUAAACAACAAACAAUUUCUCAAUAAAUGUAAAACUUGGGUGGAAUGUUUCACUUAUCGUAAACAACAAUUCAAGAAAUUGGAAGAUUUUCUGAAAAGCUUGGACCUCUACUGUGCCAUUCCACAUGCGAAUUCAUCCUACAAAAUAUUUUCCAUUCAACUGGAGCGACAUGUCAAAAAUCGAUUUGUAGAAGCUGCGCUUAUAGUUGUCAAAAUUUGUUAUUCACAAAAUAUAACGAAACCAACGAAAUUGGUGAUCGAAAGUGCGACCACCCUGGAACUUGCUGACCGUGAUCAAGAGAAUUUGCAAAAUCUUUUCAAAAUUCUGAAAAUCAUUGAUGUCGAAGAGGCCCUCGAACAAAUAUUCAACUCUCCGGAAAGCAAAGGAAUUUGGAAGAGACAGGAACCGUUUUUAGAGGACGGCGAAAAUGGCCGGAGUCGAGAAUCUGACGAAUCGUUCGAUCCGGACGAUUCUUCGCCUCGGUCGAAGCGACUGAACGAAGAAACUUUGGAAUCUCAUGGCAAAAAACGAUCUCGAUUGUCAGCAGAUUAUCGCGACAGUUCGGACCAGGAAACGCAGAAAAAAAAGGCUCCGACACGGAGAAAGAGGCAGGAUCCGAAAAACCUCGAAUCGUCGAAAGAACCUGAGCCUCGAUCACGAAAUUCACCGCAACAAAAGAAAAAUCCAGCUAAAGCGAGCUCUUCGAACCAAAAGAACAAAAGUUCUAAGACUCAACAGCAAAAAUCGUCCGGUGCAAAAAAGAAUUCACGAGCGAAUGUUCCGGCGAAGAAAAAACGCUGAAUUUUCUCUAUUCUAUAAACAAAAUUGCCAUGAUUGUAUUCUUUCGUUUUCGUUAUUAACUUUAAACUAGUUUCGAGUUAAGAAAAUACGAAAAGAGUGAUAUCACAGCUGGGUCUGAAAAAUGCAUUUUUUAAUUUUUUUCGUCGCGAGCGCAGCGCGUGUUAUUUUUCGAAACAAAAUUCCUUCAGACGAUUCGUGCUUUGCUUACACUUUUCACUAGAAAUAACAAAAAUUAGUUAAAUAAGUAAAAAAGUGCCUUUAAAGUACAAAAUAUAAUUGGAGACUGGGAUUUUGUAAAUGAAUUCGCUAAAAGUUUACAAAACUUUUGAAUCUCAAAUAUUCUAUGGGAUCUGAUUAAAGUUAUUUCAAUCAACAAA